AUGUCAGAGCGGCCCCAAAAAGCAGCAAGAAUGAAGGCGUCAGAUACGGGACUGCUGCUGCUCUCCAACGGCGUGCUCAUCGCCGGUGUACUCGCAGAGGCGCUCCCGGCGGACAGCAUCCCGAUCCAGUGCGCGACGAUAUGCGGCCCGAUGGUCGAGCUAUCCUUAAUAUGCAGCGGCGGCGAUGAGUCGAUCGAAAAUUACACGCAUAUUUCCUACGCCAAUAUUUCCCACGCAAGCGCCUCCGCCACAACCUCAAUCGCCACCAUUACCAUCACCACCAUCGUCACCAUUACAAACAUCCUCAUCAUUGCCAUCACUACCACCAACACCACCGCCUUCUCCUCCUUCCCAAUCCUCGUCUUCAUCUCUGCCGCUGCCGCCGCCAUUAGCAGCUGCUCCGCCUUCGAACCGGCCCUCAUCGACCACGCCAACGCAGCCCAGCGACGAGGACAUCGGCUCUCCGACGACAGUAACCCCCACGGGAUUCAUUACACCUACGGUUUCCCAGCUUCCGAAAACGUCCAUGGAUGCCAUGGAAGAGAGCGACGGUGA